AUGUCAAGUCGAGGUAAAUCAAAUGCUAGUGUUUUAGGUGGUAGUGGAAAAGUACGAAGCAAAGCCAAAUCACGAUCAACUCGUGCUGGUCUUCAAUUUCCAGUUUCACGUAUUCAUCGUCAUUUACGUCAAGGUAGUUAUAGUGAACGAAUUGCUGGUGGUUCACCAGUUUAUUUGGCUGCUGUACUUGAAUAUUUAAGUGCUGAAAUUCUUGAAUUAGCUGGAAAUGCAGCACGUGAUAAUAAAAAAUCACGUAUUAUUCCACGUCAUCUUCAAUUAGCUGUACGUAAUGAUGAAGAACUUAAUCGUCUUUUAAAUCAUGUAACAAUUGCUCAAGGUGGUGUUUUACCAAAUAUUAAUUCAUUAUUAUUACCAAAAAAAUCAGCUAUGACUACUGAUUCAAUGCCAGUUUCAUCAGCUGGUACAGCUAAAAAAAUAAAAAAAGCUAUUGCUAAUGCAGCAUCAAGUCAAUAA